AUGGGAACCGAGGAGGAGCUGCUGUUCCGCAACUUCCAGCGCCUGAAGAGCUACAUGUUCGACGACGAGAAGGUGUCCACCACCACAUCCCGCGAGCAGCAAAAAACGGAGGGUUCGGUGGAGAAAUGCUUCGACCGCUUCGAGCAUAUGAUGUUCACCCACCCGCGCCUCACCCAGAUCUUCCGGCUGGAGCACCAGUACUACCUGGACGCGAUGCUGAGGCGACUGCCCUCCAAUUACGAAUGCCUGGACAGCAGUCGUCCGUGGUGCGUUUACUGGAUCCUGCAGGCGGCCCAGAUACUUAGCUUUAACUUCGACGACCAGACUUUGGACCACGUGGUUCAGUUUCUAAGCAACUGCCGCUCUCCGACUGGAGGUUUUGGAGGAGGACCCGGACAGUAUGCCCAUCUGGCGCCCACCUAUGCAGCAGUGAACAGUCUGUGCAUCAUUGGAACAGAGCAGGCGUACCGUGCCAUCGACCGACCGACUUUGGUCCAGUUUCUGUUCAGUGUGCGUGAGUCGGACGGCUCCUUCCGGCUCCACGUGGAUGGGGAGACGGAUGUGCGUGGCGCCUACUGCGCCAUCUCCUGCGCCAAACUGCUAAAUCUUCCCGGGCCAGUAAUAAAGGAGCUGUUUGCCGGAACUGGCGAUUGGAUAGCCCAGUGUCAGACAUACGAGGGAGGUUUUGGCGGAGCCCCUGGUCUGGAGGCCCAUGGCGGCUACACUUUCUGCGGAAUCGCCGGAUUGGCGCUGCUCAACGAGGCUGAUAAAUGCGACAGGCAGGCUCUGCUCAAGUGGACACUGCGCCGUCAGAUGACCUUCGAAGGCGGCUUUCAGGGGAGGACCAACAAACUGGUUGAUGGCUGCUACUCCUUCUGGGUGGGCGCCACCAUUCCCAUUACACAGGCUACGCUAUCCGGCGUCGACCAGCAAAUGGAGCACACCCUGUUCGAUGUGGAGGCCUUGCAGGAGUACAUCCUGCUCUGCUGCCAAAAGCAGAACGGCGGGCUUAUAGAUAAACCUGGAAAACCACAAGAUCUCUACCACACAUGCUAUACCCUUAGCGGCGUUUCCAUUGCCCAGCACUCGGAGUGCGCCAACAGCCCACAGGUCCUGGGCGAUACCAUUAACGAACUACUGCCCACCCACCCACUCUUCAACGUCCCACCAAAGUCCGUUGCAGCUGCCAGAAGCCACUUCAGUAAUUCCAAUGACACAGAGUUCUCGGGUACAGACAGUCCCUGCAAGGAAGAGAGUUAGGGCUUCAGGAUAGGAGGACGCUGCGUAAGAAGGAAAUUUUACUGGAUGGUGGUUUACCUUAAAUGAACUAAAUUUGCUUUAAUAAAUUACUCUUUGAAAUAUAGUAUUUCGCUUCUUAAUAUGAAUGUACUAAUAUGGAAAAGGAAUUGAUUAAAAUGUGUAACGUUUUCUAAACAAUAUUUAUAUGUCAGAUAUUUUCGAAAUAAAAUUAUUAUGUUUGCAAACAAAUUAAUAUGUAAUUCUUGUAAAAUAACCCACUUGCUAGUUGUAUGAAUUGUGGCAUUAAUCACGAAUAGUUAUUAUUUUGCCCGCUAUUGUAUUUGACCACGUUUUCGUGUGAAUGGUUAAUCAGGAAUACUUGCCAUUGUGAAUGGCAUCUUGGGUCUAAUUUGAAAUUGCGGCUUUGUUUCCAAGACAUUUUUAUAUUUUAUGUUCUCCAGUCACAGGACAUUGAAGCGUAGGACGCCCGCCCAGGGUAUUGACCGGCGGGAGUACAUCGGUCACCUGGUCGACGAGUAUUACACAACAACCAACAUCGGCCCAGCAACAAGUGACUGCUAACUUGGCCAACUUUGCAUACGAUCCAAUCAACUGGUCACAUCUCCUGGAGGCGGAUGCCUUGGACGUAUUCCUGGCAUCGCUGGAGACGCAGGAUCAGCUAUUAAAAGUGCACGGAAUCGCGGCAUUGUGUAACCUUUGCCUGG